GCCGCCCUAAGCCAAUUUCCUGGCUGCGUUCCUGGACUCGAAAUCUGGAAAUGGGGGAGAGGGCCUGGGACAAGUAUGUAGAAGAAGCGCUUUCAAAGCUUAUAUCUUUGAAGUUGCUUCGAUCUCUAAGGCCCAUUUGCCUCCCCAACAAACAAUGCCAACAAAAUACUGAACCCAAUGAAGAAGAUUAUGAGGUGUUCGACGGAAUGCAACCGUGGGAUCGAUCCUCAGUUGAGGUCUCAAUCUCCAAGCGGACUUUCCAUAAAUGGCUUCACGAUAUUCCCAGUACCGGAGAUGAGAUUGUCUCUAGAGAUGGAGGGGCAGAUGACAAAUUGGAUAACUGUAAACACACAUUCAAGAAACUGCUUUUGUUCUCUGGAAAUGAUUAUUUGGGUUUGAGCUCACACCCCACAAUUAGGAAAGCUGCUGCAAAGGCAGCUCAAGAUCAUGGAAUGGGCCCUAGGGGUUCUGCUUUAAUCUGUGGAUAUACCAACCACCAUAGAUUACUGGAAUUGAGCUUGGCAACCUUAAAGAAGAAGGAGGAUUGUCUUCUUUGUCCUACAGGGUUUUCAGCCAAUAUGGCCACAAUGGUAACGCUUGGGAGCAUUGCCUCUCUCUUGGCUGCUGGUGGCAAACCUUUGAAUGAUGAAAAAGUUGCCAUUUUUUCUGAUGCACUUAACCAUGCAUCUAUAAUUGAUGGUAUUCGUCUUGCUGAAAGGCAAAGAAGUGUAGAACUCUUUAUAUAUAGACAUUGUGACAUGUCCCACCUGAAUGCACUUCUAUCAAGUUGCAAAAUGAAGAAGAAGGUCGUUGUCACUGAUAGCUUGUUUAGCAUGGAUGGAGACUUCGCACCAAUGAUUGAACUUGCAGAGCUUCGCAAGAAGCAUAACUUUUUGUUUGUUAUUGACGAUGCACAUGGAACAUUUAUUUGUGGCAAGAAUGGUGGAGGUGUGGCUGAUGAAUUCAAUUGUGAAAGAGAUGUUGACAUAUGCAUUGGAACUCUGAGCAAGGCAGCUGGUUGUCAUGGUGGAUUCAUAGCUUGCAGCAAAACUGUGAAUAUUGAAUACAUUACUCUGGUAGCUGCUGUUAUUGUGGCAAGAAGGGAAACAUGGCGCAGAAGGGCAAUUUGGAAUCGAGUGAAAGAAUUUCAGGCUUUGACUAGAAUCUCCAUCUCAAGUCCCAUUAUAUCUAUUGUUGUAGGAAGCGAAGAAAAAGCCCUCCAAGCUAGCCGACAAUUGCUAAAAUCUGGUUUCCAUGUGACUGCAAUCAGACCCCCCACUGUGCCUUCCAACUCAUGCAGGUUGCGGGUAACUCUAAGUGCAGCACACACAGCAGAUGAUGUAAAGAAGCUUGCAACUGCGCUUUCACCUUUCAUUAACUUUCAAGGUAAUUGUGACCAUAGCUCCACUUUAUGUUCUAAGCUAUAGACUCUUAUUUAUUAUUGUUAUUCUUCUAUUUGGAUUUUUUUUGUCUUGAAGACAAAUUAGAAGUGAAAUACUGUAGGUAAAGCACAUUCAUGGACUACAAUGAUGUAGCUUAAUCUUGCAUGUUUGACCUCUUAUGCUUUAUCUUAAUUUCGUCACUCAUUUUAAAUUUGUGAAUUUAUAGAAUAUAUUUAGUUAAAAGGA